CGAUUCACUUUACUGCAAAAGUCAGUCCGCGCGGAGAGUGAUAAAUGUAACUACAGAACCGAUCAUAGGCGUGCUUCUAUUCAAGGGACGAACAUACAUCUCUGUCUGGCUAAAUCUUGCAUUCUGAAAAGUUUGAGAACCACAAUGACAGUGAGGUGCCUCCUGCUGGUUGGCCUGCUACAGCUACAGCUACAGCUGCUCUGCAUGUGCUGGGCCACUCCACGCUAUGUCAACGGCUUCUUCUAUGACGACAAAGGAAACGGCAACGGAAAAAAGGAGAUUUAUUUCAAUGGAGUGCGUCUACAUGUGGAGGCAGAAGAGACCAUGGUGCUUGCUCUGCGGGGGGGCAGUGCAGUAUUGCAAUGUCGAUACUGGUACGAGCCUGCGUUGAGCGUCCCCCGCAGGACCCGAGUGAAAUGGUACUGGCAGGCGGCUAACGGGCCAGAGAAAGAAGUGCUGGUGGCUAUUGGCUCGAGACAGCGCAGCUUUGAGGACUUCAAAGGGCGUGUUAACCUACAAGACCACACCCCGGGGGAGGUGUCCCUCGUCAUCAGAGAGCUGCAGUUGAACGACACGGGACGCUACCGCUGUGAGGUGAUCGAUGGGCUGGAGGACCAGAGCGUCACCAUUGACCUGGCUUUACGAGGAGUGGUAUUCCCGUACCAGCCACCUGGGGGGCGAUAUCAGCUGAACUUCCAUGCUGCACAGCAGACUUGUGAGGAGCAGGACUCUGCUCUGGCCACGUUUGAGCAGCUGUUCUGGGCGUGGGAGGAGGGGAUGGACUGGUGCAACGCGGGCUGGCUGGCAGACGGCACGGUGCAGUACCCCAUCACCUCGGCCCGAGAGGCGUGUGGGGGCGCAGACCUGGCCCCCGGCAUCCGGAGCUACGGCCUCCGCCACCGGCAGCUGCACCGCUACGACGCGUUCUGCUUCUCCUCUUCAAUAUCAGGACGUGUACACUUCCUGCAGGCCUCACACGGAUUCAGUUUCAGGGAGGCGCAGCGGGCGUGUGAGAGGGACGGAGCACAGAUCGCCAAGGUGGGCCAGCUGUACGCCUCCUGGUGGUUCGCAGGAUUGGACCGCUGUGACGCAGGCUGGCUGGCGGACGGGAGCCUGCGCUACCCCAUCACCCAGCACCGCCCCAACUGUGGCCCCCCAGAACCUGGAGUGCGCAGCUUUGGGUUCCCCCCCCAGCACGAGAAACACGGCGUGUACUGCUACACUGCCCACUGACACCCCCCCCACCUUCCACUGCGCACUGACCCCCACUACUACACUGAUACUACACUGCUGACUAAUAGCUGCUUACACACCACUUAGAGCACUGUGUACAUUUGGCUUUUGGUUUAUAAAUGGACUGAAUUUUUGAGGGAAAGAUUAUAAAUCUUUUUAAAGAA